AUGUUCUAUCGGAGCGUGCUGUUGCAGAUGAUACUGCUGGGAGCGUUGUCAUUCGUCGGUCCGGCAAUGUCAGACGCCAUCUCGAAUCUCGGCGGCGGCGGUCUGCGAACUCCAUACCUGGCCAACCUCGCAUUGGCACUGAGCUACAGCGCGGGAUGUCUGGUGGCUCUGUGCGGAGGCCCGCUGAUCAACAAGCUGGGCAUCAAAUGGUCGUGCAUCAUCGCCGCGGCUGUCAUGCCGUUGAAGGGCUCGGCAUACUAUGUGAAUGCCAAGUACAAGCAGCAGGUGUAUCUGCUGCUGGCGAGUAUUCUGACCGGAGCGACAUCUGGACUGCUGUAUGUCGCUGAGGCAACUGCAAUGCUGUCAUAUCCGCUGCAAGAUGACAGAGGGCUGUACUUGGGCAUCUGGUCCGCCAUGCGCAACACCGGCAGCGUCCUCGGCGGAGCCGUCAAUUUCUCAAACAACUACACACGAUCCAAAGCCGGCGGAAUCGCAUGGAGCACAUAUCUCAUCUUCGUGGGAUUCGAAUGCACUGGCAUCAUCUGGGCUCUACUGCUCUCGUCGACGAGGAAAGUGCGACGCAGCAACGGCGAGACCGUUCCAGUCUCCGAGUCGGCAUCCUGGAAACAAGAGUUCAUCGCACUCUGGCAGCAUCUCCAGCGGAAGAAGACCUGGCUCGUCGCCAUCCCCGCCUUUUACUCCUUCUUCUGCGGCGGCACAAUGAGCACCUACCUCUCCAUCCACUUCUCCGUGCGAGCCCGCGCACUAGCCUCCCUCCUCGUCCCAUCCGUAACAAUCCCCUCCGUCCUAAUCUACGGCCGCCUCCUCGACUGGACGCGCUUCUCCCAAAAGACCCGCGCCUGGCUCUCCUUCAUCUGCUGGACCCUCCCGAACAUCGCCUGUUUCAUCUGGAUCGGAAUCGAGUACUCCAAUUUCGGCGCCGGCAAAACCGCUUUAGACUACAAACUCGACACCGCCCACUGGUUCCGCGCCUACGCCCCCUGCUUAUUAAUCUACGUCACAUCCUACUGGUGCCAACUCUCCCUCUACUGGAUUCUCGGAACCUUUUCCACGGAUGUAAAAGCGAGUUCCCGACAAGGUGGACUUUUUAGGGCGUUUGAGACGGCGGGCCAAGCGGUGAGUUAUGGGAUCAACUCGGGAGCCGGAGCGGAUCCGAGGACGGCGUUUUAUGUCAACUGUGCGGUUUUUGUGGUCGCGUUGCCGGCUAUGGUGUGUUUGAUUCGGAUGGUGCCGAAGGAGCCGGCGAGUGAGGAUUUGGAUGUGUUGCCUGCUGGGAGGAGGGAUGGAGGAGGGGUGAAGGAUGCUAUUGAUUGA